UUUCUGGGAACAAAACGGAGAGGUGAAAAAAAAAAUCCAUUUCCUUUCGUAUUAUCCUCUUGCUCUGUUCGUCCGGCUCUUCGCCCUCGCGGCCUCGCCGGCGCGCGGGACUACUAAUCCAAAUUGGCGACGACCCUGCCGCCCGCCCCACUGCAGAUUCGGGGAGCGCACCGCCCGCUCCAAUGGCGAUUAGAGUCCCGUCCAUGGAGCUUCACCGCUCCUCGCCGCUGCUCUCCGGUGGCCGAGGGAGGAAUACAUGCCCACAGAAGAAGCCCUUCCUUGUCCAAGCAAAGAGACUAGGGGGGUUGGAGAAAGCGAGUACGAGGUUAGGAACACAAGAGUCUGGACAACCAAAGAAAAGAGCACCCCUGGUUCGUGGAACUGUUAGCCCACCUCUUCCAGUACCAGGAAACAUACCUCGGCCUCCUUAUGUUGGCACAAAAUAUGUACCAGAGAUAGCAAAAGAGGUACAAAUGCACGACAACGAGAGCAUUGUCCAUAUGAGAGCUGCUUGCGAGCUUGCCGCCCGUGUUCUUGACUAUGCAGGAACAUUAGUGAAACCCUCUGUAACAACAGACGAAAUUGAUAAAGCAGUGCACAAGAUGAUCAUCGAUGCUGGAGCCUAUCCAUCCCCACUUGGAUAUGGUGGGUUUCCAAAAAGUGUAUGCACCUCAGUAAAUGAGUGCAUGUGCCAUGGAAUUCCUGAUUCACGCGAGCUACAGGAUGGAGACAUAAUUAACAUUGAUGUCACUGUCUACUUGAAUGGUUAUCAUGGGGAUACCUCAAAAACAUUUCUUUGUGGAGAUGUCGAUGAAGCAAGUAAACAACUUGUGAAGGUUACUGAAGAGUGCCUGCUCAGGGCCAUAUCAACAUGCAAACAUGGUACCAGCUUCAAGAAGAUUGGCAGAAGAAUAAGUGAGCAUGCUGAAAGGAAUGGGUUUGGUGUCGUGGAGUGUUUUGUUGGGCAUGGAGUUGGCAGAGUAUUUCACUCAGAACCAAUUAUCUAUCACCAGCGGAACAACAGGCCGGGUCAGAUGAUUGAAGGGCAGACGUUCACAAUAGAGCCGAUCAUAUCCAUGGGGAGCAUCGACUGCGACAUGUGGGACGACGGCUGGACUGCCGUGACGACGGACGGCAGCUUGGCGGCGCAGUUCGAACACACGAUACUGAUCACCAGGACCGGAGCUGAGAUCCUCACGAAAUGCUAGGAGAAGUGUUGCUUGUGCCCGUUAGCUGUUGCCACGGCAAUCUGUAUCCGUGCUGAUGCCUGACGUGGUCGAUUGUCUAUUUGUCUCGCUAAUUGGCGUGCUACGAAAUACUGAAGAAAAGGCUGAGAGAUUGCAAUGGCAGGUUUGGGCAAGGAGGACAACUUCUCGA